AUGGUUGACAUUAUCUACGCAAGAACUCAUAUGGAGCCCCUCACCAUUACUCUGAUGGCUUUUGACCGACUUAUAGCCAUCUCAUACCCUUUAAGAUAUCACAUUAUCUUAUCUAAUAGAACUAUGUGUCUGCUCAUAGUGGUUAUAUGGGCAAUAGGGACUUGUGUUGAUCCCACAAUGUAUUUUAAAAUUGCAUCAACAUUAUUUAACUGUGUGUUGUGGACAAAUUUUUGCCUCAUUAUUGUGUCAUACAUGAGGAUAAUUUAUGCAGUUAUUAAAAUGUCUUCCUCUACACACAGGAAAAAAACAUUUAGUACCUGUAUAUCUCAUGUUGUAGUGGUGGCUUGCUUUUUCUUCCCCAAAAUGGUGCUUUCAUUGUCACAAGUCAAAAAUAUAGGUUUCUCACUCACCUUUUCCAUCAGAAAUGGCAUUUCUAUUUGUUCUACUCUUGGACCCUCACUUGUGAACCCAUAUGUCUACGGACUUAAUACAAAAGAAAUUCGAAACCACAAAAGGCUUUGA